AUGCUACAACAAGACACUCUUGGUGAUGGCGAGGAUCACUACACUUUCGAUAGCCUACCACCGGAGAUCAUCCAAAAGAUUGCUGGUAAAUUGGAUAUCAAAUCAAAGUAUUUUCUAGUGGAUUACACUAACGUGCUUAAGGCUAUAGGGGGUCCCAACAAGAGAUAUAAGAUUUUGCAAUAUACUCUAAUUGAACAGUUCAAAAGUCAAAUUGAGGUUAUAGAUCUGACCACUGAUUCCCUAAACGAUAAAGUUAGUACCCCCUUACUGGAUAUUCUUAGAACACACUUCAUCUCAGAAGAUGGAUCAGCUGAGGAUCGGUUGGUUGAUUCUACUAGACAGAAGACGGUCUUAAUAGUGGACGAUUCAACAGAUUUUGAACAGUUGCCCAAAUUUGUAGAUACAGUGUCCCUAGAUCUCAUUUACUGUCCCUUUUACAAUAACUCGUCGAUUAAUAAAAUUUUAAUGAAAUUCCCAUUGCAAUACGUCAUAGAUAAUCUCAUCUUGGAAUUUAAGACUCAAGAGAUCUUUGCAGGUAGAAACCUUUUCGGAGUACUAGAUACGAAAUUUUUCACUUUUAACAGUAACGAUAUCUCCCCAAACAGAAGGGUCGGUACCAGUGUUGGUAAUAUACAAUCCCCUUGGUUGGUGCCAAGGUGUCAACAGAUCAUCUUACCUUCCACAGUGUCCCUGGAGAUGGAUUACUUGACAAUGGACUCGUUUAUCUACAACAUUAUGGAAAACUACGGAUUGUCCUUCCCUCAGGCAACUUCACUGCAACGACAUCAACAGCAACAUAGCAAUCAUAACCACUCUCACGUCGACCAACAGCAAAACAUGUCCUGCAUCGAAAACAUUUUCCACAAUUUCUUAGGAAGCGUGAACUUUUACGCACCUAACCUAAGGUCAAUCAAGUUCAUUAACCAUAGGGAUGAAGAGACCUGUAAUUUCAUAGACGUUUCCACUCUGAUGUUGAACAAGUUCAAGACUAAUUCAUGCCCCUUGAAAUACCUAUUCAAGUUACAUUCCUUCCAAAACUGGUCGCUCCCCCACAUAGAGUACUUUUCCGGUCAUCGGUUCAAGUAUGACGAAACAGCAAUGACGGGCUCUACAGAAAGAUUGAUCAGAUCCAUAAGGGAUAACGUCAACUAUUUAUACGAUUUCGCACAGGACGAGACGGAUGACGCAUGUCCCUAUUUCAGAGUCGAAUUGUUCCCAAGGGGUACGAAGAGAACGAAACUGUUGAAUUGGUUACCCUUAGAGGCAUUCAGCAUGGAUAGCUCAUAUCCACACUCUACGUCGAUAUCACCAGAUAGGAACACAGUCAGCGAUCUGAGUGAGAGGGAUAACAAUAUUAGAAACUACAAUAAACCCGUAUUGUGUCUAAAGUGUGAUACGCUUGAGACUCUCGAGUUGAAACUGUUACCCAUUAGAAAAAAUCAUUCCAUCUAUAUCCAAGGUUUGUUUCUGCCAGGGUUGAAGGAGUUGACUUUGGUGAACCAUAACUCAGUGAUCAAAAGACCCAGAAUCUCCGACAAAAGAAAUUCAAUCGUGAUGGCUUGUUACGAUGCCGCCGGAGCAAACGUUCAAAACGGGUUUGAUGCUGACGGGAUCUCGCCUCCAACUCUCAGCACAGAAGAGGAUGACCUUGAAGUGGGCGAUAUCAAACCCAUUGGGUUCUCCUCUUGGAAUUAUUUACCAUCUUGUGAAUACAUUCAUUUCACAAACAACAACGAGACAAAACAGACGAAUUUUAUUUUCAAAAUCACAAACUUGAAAGCGCACUUACCCAAGAUCAAUCUAGCUGGGAGCUUCCAAACUUUUGUGAGUGAAAAACAGAAAUUUAUUGUCGUUUAG